AUGAGUGAAACGGCCACCAUUUGCAGCAGCAGCAGCGGCGGCCGUCCGGGCCUCGACCUCGCCGACACGGUGCCCUUUACACGGCUGCCCAACAUCCGCCUCACCGCCUCAGUCAGCACCACUGCACACGAAUCCUUUCUCCUCAGGGACAGGUUCAUCUACUCGACGUCCACGAUGCCCGCCGCGGCCGUCUACCACGUCUCCACGCGCAACACCCGCAGCGGCAAGCCGUGGCAGCUCGCCAUCAGCCACCUCCUGCCCAGCGAGGCGCGGCGCCUCUCCACCACCGCUCCCCCCAGCGCCGUCCCGUUCAUCAAGUACGACGACGACCUCACGCUCUACACGGGCGAGAAGCUCGCCGUGCCCAUCAGCAUCGGGCAGAAGCCCCUGCUGUGCAUCCGCGGCGGCGCGCUGCCCGGCGUGAUUGUCGUGGAGAAGACGCUCGGCCGCAGCCGGACGUACAAGUUCUGGCACAUGACGCCGAUCCGCCGGCCGCUGACGCGGGCCGAGGAGGAGCGGAUGCAGGCGCUGAUGCGCAGGCGCGGGUACAGGACGAGCGACGACUGGAGGCGCGAGCUGCUGUACGCGGUGCAGGGCAGGGGCAGCAGGGAGGCGGGCGAGAUGGAUUGGACGGACGAGAGGGGCGUGGUGGUGGCGAGGGAGACGGAGGGCCGGCAGCUGGUCGUCGCUGGGGGGCAGGCGCUGGAGGCGAGCACGAGGGAUCUCUUGGUGGCGUGCUGGGCGUCGAGGAACUUUGUGCAGUCGACGCCGGAGACCGAGGCAACGGCUGCGUAG